UCUAAGCAGAGUGCACAGCGACAGUGGAAGAUGCACAGAGUCAGCCUGCCAGAAUCAGGGAGACAUCCAUGUGAUUUGACAAAAGCUCCAAGCUUACUUAGAUUUUCUGUUUCACUGGACUUUAGAACUAAGAUUCUUCAAAUUCAAACUCAGAUUCAAAGGGAAUACACUACUGAAAACUCCUGUCAUCACUCAGAGCACAUAGAUAUUCUACAUUCUAGCAUUUCCUGAACUGGAUUAUGCUUUCCUCAAUGGUCUAUGAUCUCAAGAGGAUGGAGCAGUCAACACACAGCGUCACUGAGGAUUAAGAGAGACAUCAUCUUAUAAUACUAGCACCUGUCUAUUUCACACCAAUCUCCAGCCUCAGCCAACCUCAACCAACCCAAAGUCUUCUCCAUAAGCAUCUUGUGUCCACAUCCCACCAGGAUCCUUGCUGCAGGAACAGGGAGCUGGAGGUUAAGCACCAGGGUCACAAGUCAGGGGUCAGGGGUUCGCUGGGCUGAGGGGCAGCACACAGAUCUCUAUUUCACUUUUCAGUAUGUUGUUCAUUGAUCCCCACUGCAUUUUACUAUAAUGCGCAAAUGGAUGCUGACAUGGAACCUUCAAAAUCUAUUCUCGGGACUGUACCUGCAUGCAAUCUUCCUGUUUGGCAGUGUGUGUGUGGUCUACAGUGACUGCACUCCAGAGCAACUUGCUGCCAUUAUGAACUGCUCCAGACACGAGCGCCACACCAGGAACUAUGACUACAUGGAGGGAGGGGAUGUGCGCAUUCGACAGCUGUUCAGUCGCACGCAAUGGUUCCUCACAAUUGAUGACUUUGGCAACAUCAAUGGGACUCAAGACCCAACCAACUGCCACAGUAUCCUGGAGAUCAGGACAGUGUCUGAGGGAGGCAUCCUGGCUAUCAAAGGCGUGAAGAGUCAGUAUUAUAUCUCCAUGAACAAGGCUGGACAGCUGCAAGGCAAGAGGAUCUACAAUGAAAACUGCAACUUCAAGGAGGUUUUCCUAGAAAACUACUUCAAUGCUUACUCCUCUGCAAAGUGGACUAAAAAUGGCAAAGAAAUGUUCAUAGCCCUUUCUCAGAAGGGAAGGCCAAUGCGAGGAAAGAAGACCAGGAGGGAGCAUAUAGCAUCCCACUUUAUCCCCAUGAAGUGCAGAGAGGAGGACAGGAGGGUGGACUGAAAAAGCAGAGGACCUAUGAAUUGCAAACUGUAUAGUAUUUCAGACACAUAUUAUAUAUUUACACAUAUAAACUCUUUACCAACAUCACACUCCACUCUUCUCCAGUUUGAUUUAUGCUCUUUUAAC